AGCACAGGAAACGGAGGGGGAAGACGCCCAUCGGAGCAAGCCUCAUGUGCCCACCACUUUCUUCCCCUCGGCAGCCUCUCCCACCUCGUCGCAGUACAGCAUACUAGCCAUGGCAAACUCACUACACACUCCCAAAAGGAAAACAAAGAUAGUCGGCACACUUGGGCCCGCCUCCCAGCCGCUCAUCAAGGAACUAAUCCAAGCAGGACUCAAUGUAUUCCGACUGAACUUCAGCCAUAUUGAGGAUCCAGAACAACAGACUUCCCUCAUUGACGAGAUUCGCAAAUGGAGCUCGGAACUCAACAUUCCCGUCGCCAUCUUGGGUGAUCUCGGGGGACCAAAAGUCCGGUGCAACGACUUCAAACCCAAAGCUUCCAUCUACCUCGAGCGCGGGCAAACCGUCAAGCUGCGCGCCUCAGACGGACCAGGCGCCGACGGUCUUAUCACCACAAAGAUCGAGCGUAUCGUCGCUCAACUGAAGCCGGGCGACCGCGUACUCCUGGACGACGGCAACAUCCGCCUCAAAGUCUCUUCACGCACAUCAGAGACCGAGCUCGCGUGUGAAGUCAUGGCCGGCGGCGAGCUGAAACCGCACAAGGGCAUCAACGUUCCUGACAUCCGACUCGACGUCCCGGCACUGACAGAGAAAGAUAAGAAGGAUGCCCGAUACAUCUUCAAAAAGCGAUUGGAGUAUGUCGCCAUGUCCUUCGUCCAACGCGUCGAGGAUGUGCGCGAAUUGAAGGACUUGAUGGAAGUGUGGGCCAAGGAUGACACGGAGGUUGACAACCCGCAGACGAACGGCGGUGAUUUGGCAGCCAUUGAGCGGGGCUGGCGCCCACGUAUUAUUCUCAAGAUUGAGAAACCGCAGGCUUUGGACUGUAUUGAUGAUUUAAUCCAAAUUGGCGACGGGAUCAUGGUGGCUCGUGGAGAUCUGGGUGUGGAAGUCAGUUUGGAGAAGGUGCCGGUCAUUCAGAAGAUGUUGAUUCGGAAGACCAAUGCUGCAGACAAGCCUGUCAUCACCGCGACCCAGAUGCUGGAGUCUAUGAUCACUUCACCCGUACCGACUAGGGCUGAAGUCAGUGACGUCGCCAACGCCGUGUUUGAUGGAACCGAUGCCGUCAUGCUGUCUGCGGAGUGCGCGACGGGCAGGUUCCCUGUCGAGACGGUCACAAUGAUGGGCAAAGUAUGCGAAAUGGCCGAAGACGGCGCGGCUUACAUGCAAGUCGCGGAAAUCCAACAGCGUGAGCGGCCACAGAAAACGGCGGCCUUGGAAUUCAUCCAUCCUAUCGCCGAUGCCGCCGUAGCUGCAGCCAAAGAGGUCAACGGCUCAUCAAUCAUCGUCUUCAGCGCCCUCGGCGACAUGGCCACCUACGUCGCGAAACGCCGCCCCAAACUCCCCAUCAUCGGCGUCGGCGCCACCCUCUCCGCCUACCGGCGCAUGGCCCUCAUCCACGGCGUCACCCCCGUCAUCAGCACCGCCCUCGCCCACUGGAACAAUCCGUCCUCCCCCGCAGCAAUCCCACCCCGCGGCUUCGCCAACACCGACCAAGUCUACGCGUUAGCCGAGCGGGAUGUGGCCGACCAGGUUGGGUUGGAAAAGGGCUCGGCGGUCGUGUUUUGCGCGGGGACGUAUAAUGUCUGGCCGGGGCUGAGUAAUACGAUUAAGUUGGCGAGGUUUGGGGAUGCGAUGAUGCAUGCGCAUGCAAGGGAGUUGUGGAGUGAGGCUUUGCUGGGGGUUAGGGGGGUGGCCAAGGAAGGGGUGAAUCAUUAGGAUGGAUAGGUCUU